AACCAUUAUGCGAUAUCAUAAGUGUGAUUUUAUCGCAUAUCAUUCAAAAAUAAAUACUUAAUUAUCACAUUUGUCGCAUUUCCAAUGUUAUCACUUUACUAUCGCUCAACUUCCUCUUAAAUGAUAUCAAUCGAUUGAUAAUAAUGAUUAUCAUACACGGAGUUAGUUCCAUAUACAUUUUUGUACACGUUGACGUAAAACAAAACAGGAUAUAUUGUAAGAGCUAAUAUUGUGCAAUAAAUAGUGCCUAUUUAAUUAAUAAAACUGUAUACAAAAAAAGUGAAAGAUUUAUAUAAUCAUUACCAAUGAAUUAAACAGUAUUUUACCUACGACCUACGAGUGGCAAGUUUUGUGUAAUUUUAUUGAAAGUGAUUUCCAAAUAAUGGUCAUCCAAACAAAAUGGGAUUUAGGAUGAAUUAUUUAUUCAUCGGAUGCCUUGUGGCAUCGAUAUAUAGCAGUAAUGGUUGCACAAUGGAAGGUGUCACAACUUGGCAGCUACCGAUCACCGUUCGCAUCGAGGAUUAUCAUGACGGCAUUGUUUUACAACGAACUGUUACCGAUAUUGGAGGUUUCACCCUCACAUCGUCUAGUGAUCUUAACCAAGGUCCUUACAUCGUUGCAUCAAUCGAAAAUUCCGCCUUUGUCCUUCGUACAAACGACGCAUACAGAUUGUUUGAGGAACACGAGACCGCCGACCUUAUUAGUUUGACGUACGCCUUCACAUGUACGAACGGACAGACUCCGUCAUCUCCUCUUACGAUCCGUAUAGAAAUAAACGACAACAACAACAAUCCACCGCUGUGGAAGACGCCAGACACUGUCGCAUCAGAAACCACCGCAUACGAUUUCACCAUCGCUACGCCCGUGCCGCCCGGUUUCCUCAUCACCAACUGCGUCAGCGAUAUAAUCGUUAGAGAUAUCGAUCUCACUACAUACAGAAUCGAUUUCAGUAUCGAGGACAAUCCGUAUAUUGGUAUCGAGUAUGACGAGGCGGCCUCGACCGAUGCUAAAGAGUUUAAAGCCGUAUUGAAGAGCACUGCGUUUAUAAGAUCUAUUCCUGAGCCGAUUAUUCUAACAAUCAGUGCUACGGACGUUGACCAAACUGGAGACCCUCCUAUAACAAGAAGCACAACAGUUACCAUACAUGGUAGUUCCGAUUUCGAGCUGCCCCUCGAGCCGAUUUUCAGUCAGGCGUUCUACUUAGCAAGUUAUACCGAAAACAACCAAGUUACUGUGGAACAAUCGAUCACGUUGGAGCAAGGCUAUGAUGAACUUGUACAGUUCAGUUUGGAAGGAGAUUACGCUGCCGAUCAUUUCACCAUUACCGUCAACGGCAAUCUUGUGACUCUGUCAGUCACAAAUGCGCUACCCGCAGCAGCGUUGCAAGAAGGACGGAUUUACUUAGUGGUACAUGCUUCUCGGGAGUACACCAGCGGAGCAUCCGCCACCAUCAUCAUAGAGCUACCUGAAGUUGAGCACCUGGAAUUUGAACGUCCUCAUUACGAGGGAGAGAUCGUGGACAAUACUCUGCAGUUAACGCCACUAGUUUUAAGUCAAGGAUACCAAGGAUCUGAUGUGACUGUGACUGUAGAAGAUUACUCCUCGUUUUUCUCCUACGCGGUCGUUGGAAACACAAUAACCCUGUCGAUGACUCCCUUGGACGAUAACAUUAUUCAAGAAAAUAAUUAUAUAAAUUUGAGAGUCACCGCUUCUACUGGCUAUAGCUCUGCUACAACUAUAGUCACGUUAGAGAUCGUGAAAGAUGACGUCACAACUCCAGUAUUCGAUCAGAGUUUGUAUGCGGGAACUUACGAUCCAGCCGCUGGUCUGGCGGUGGAACCAAUUUUGUUGGCGCGGGGAUAUGAUGAAACCGUCACUGUAACCCUUUCUGGAGAAUACGAAACUUACUUCGAGUUGACUCAGGACGGGCCCUCGUCAACGCUCCGGGUGGCCGGCGACGGCCUGCCCUCGCAUAUCUUAAGCCAGACCCACCUCCACCUCUCCGUCGAGGCCACAAAACCGCGCACCGUCGGCGCGAGCGCUGUUGUGGCUAUCACUUUACCCGGAGCAAGGGAAAUGCAAUUUGAAGCUCAGUCAUACAAAGGAGCGAUACAAGAUAAUAUACUGACACUAGACACGAUCAUUUUAAGUGUCGGUUACGAAGAAGACGUGACUUUUUCGCUCUCCGGUGAUUACUCAACCUCAUUCGCUGUAUCGAACGUGCAAAAUCAAGUGACAAUAAAUAUGCCAGCACAGCUUCCUCAAGAGGUUAUUUCAGAAAACAAUUUCGUAAUGUUGACGCUGUCGGCUGAAGGACUGAACGCGCUGCCGACUACCACUGCUGUGUUACUUGAGAUUAUCAAAGUUGACGCAACGACGCCUGUGUUUAGCCAGCCCAUUUAUGAUGGCACUUUCUUUGGUUCAUUAGGUAUUGUCUUGGAGAAUAUAAACCUACUACAAGGAUACGACAGCAGCGUGACGUUCAGGAUUCAAGGAGAAAACUCUGAAUAUUUUUCUAUUACUCAAAACCUAAAUAGUGUAACGUUGACUGUCCAAUCAAGUAUUCCUGAAGAGGUAAUAUUCCAAGAAAAGGCAUUUGUUUUCAACAUAUUCGCCGAAAAACCACUGACAGUAGGCGCUAAUGCUGCCAUCGUCGUAAGAUUCUCAGAAGACCUAAUAGAGUCUACUGUUAUGCAGUUUGCUAAAAAUACUUAUGUCGGAAGCUUAGAAAAUAACGAAUUGGCGCUGGAAAACAUCGUUCUCGAGACAGGGUUCGCUGUUGGCACACAGUUUUAUCUUUCUGGAGACUAUGCAGCAUCAUUCACGCACACAGUCACAGCCAACACAGUAACUGUUUCAAUGACAAGUGAACUCCCUGCCGAAGUUCUAGAAAAUAACAGAUUUAUUAUUUUAGAAUUAGAAGCACGUAGAGACAGGGCGGUGUCAGUCGUCGCUGGAAUUGUUAUUGAAAUAGUUGAAACAGAAAUUAUAGCGCCUGUGUUCAGCCAAGCAUAUUACAGCGGAAUGUAUACAGAAGAAAAUGCUUUGCAGUUCCAAGAUACUAUUACUCUGAUACAAGGUUUUGACGAAACCGUUACUUUUGGGUUGGAAGGGGAAUCUGCAGCGUGGUUUGGGGUGGAAUGGAAUGGAAAUUCCGUUACUGUAGUGAGUACAGCUCCCCUGCCACAGGAUGUACUGGACAGCCAGCACCAGCUUCUCUUCGGUGUGAUCGCAUACAAACCUAACUCCAUCAAUGGACGCGCUGCUAUUUCUAUCGAAUUACCUAAAGAUUUAUUAGAACAAGAAGUACUACGCUUCGCCCAAAGCAGUUACGAGGGCCAGUUAGACGGAUCCCAGUUGCAAGUGCCGACAAUUACGCUGAGCAACGAAAUUACGGAGAACGUGAUAGUGUCACUGUCAGGAGCUUACGCAACUUAUUUCACUGUAACCCUUGAUUCAAACACCGUUCAUAUUGAGCUUGUAAAUGAACUGCCUUCAGAAGUAAUAACCAACAAUGAGUUCAUAGUACUUGAUAUAAUUGCUUCAAAAACAGAUGCUGUAAGCGGUUACACAGCUCUCGUUCUAAGUAUAGUCAAAGAACCCAUUAUCGUAACACCUGUUUUCGAUCAAGCUUACUAUACUGGUGAAAUCUCAGAGCAAGGCGAAUUACUCUUUGAGCAUACGAUGCGAUUGAUCCAGGGAUUUGAUGAAUCUGUUACAUUUACUCUCAGCGGAGAUGGGUCUGAGAGGUUUAUCCUUACGCAAACUGGGCAGAAUAGUUUAUCGCUGUCUAUCAGUCAAGGAGAAUUAGAAGGGAUAGAAAACAUUAGCCAUUUUGUUUUUUCUGUUGUGGCUAGCAAAGCUGGAAGUGUUUCAGGCCAAGCGGCUAUUGUCAUUCAUAAUACGGAUUCCUCCACAGCUAGAACUAUUAGCUUUUCUCGUAAUCACUACACGGGAUCACUGGAAGACAAUGUUUUGACCAUGGAAGCAAUCAGUAUCGUAGAAGGUUACGGUUCGGAUGUCUAUCUCACGUUAAGUGGAGACUAUGUGGAAUAUUUCCAGUUGGUCGGACAGGACGGCACAUACACAUUGCAGCUAAUAUCUAACGUUCCAAAUGAAAUAAUUGAAGCACGUACUAUGUUGGUAUAUACUCUUGAAGCAAAUGGAGACACUGGAAGGGCCCAUACCACAGUUAUUGUAGAACUGGUUAAAAGUAAUGAAGUAAUUGAGGCCCUAUCUUUUGAUGAAGCUUACUAUCUUGGCUCUUAUUCUGCAACAACUGGUGUUAUGGCAGAUAUACAGCUGCGGAUCGUUACUGGAUAUGAUAGUGAGAUAGUCUUAACUGUACAAGGAGAAAACAGUGCUUGGUUUAUCGUUCAGCAUUCGGAAAGCGUGGUGACAAUAAGUUUAGCUGCUCCUUUGCCAAUCGAACUAUUUAUUGACAACCAGCCAGUAAUAUUUGCCAUCAAUGCAGUCAACUCUGGUGGCAGUACAGCACUAGCUACGAUAGUAGUAUCUUUAGAAGGAGAAUUAUCUGAACUAACUGUUCUUGGAUUCGAAAGAAGUAGUUACCUUGGAACAAUAGAAAGUGAUACAUCAACGCUGCAACCUAUAAUCCUUACGCAAGGAUACAGCUCAGAAGUUUAUUUCACAUUACAAGGAGAUCUAUCCAACUAUUUCACAAUAAACCAACAAGGUUCUUCAGUAAACAUAGUACUACAAAGCACUAUCCCCACUUCAGAAUUACCAGCGAAUGGUAUUAUCGUUCUUGAAUUACAAGCUACUGCAGUUCAAGCUGUUUCCGCAACUACUACUAUAGUUUUUGAGGUAGCCGAUGGAGAAGAUCUCAGUUUCAGUGCUGCAUACUACAUUGGACAAUACAUCGAAACAGAAGGCCUAAUUUUCGAUACAAUCUCACUAGACGUGGGUUACGACCAAGACGUGCAGUUCAGCUUGGAAGGAGAAAACGCUCAAUGGUUCGCUCUGCAAGUGCAGGGGAACGCUGUCACCCUCAUUAUGACUAGCGCUAUUCCGCCUGCGAUCUUAGCCGACAAUCAUCAACUGGUAUUUAGUGUAACAGCACUGAAGCCCAGAAGUAACAUUGCCACAGCAACCAUAGUGAUAUCAUUAAUUGAUGAAUCUACCGUCGUGACCAUUCUUAGCUUUGAACAAACAAGCUAUCUCGGGUCUAUUGCAAAUGAUGCAUUAAGUAUAGAACCAAUUGUCUUAAACGAAGGGUACACGGAAGCCGUCAGUUUUACACUUUCUGGUGAUCUGGCCUCAUACUUUAAUCUACAACAGCAAGGGUCUACAAUUAACAUCGUACUACAGAGCGCCCUUCCAGAGCAAACGUUACCUGCUAACGGCAUAGUAUUACUUGAUUUACGAGCUUCAGCACCACUUGCCAUUACCGCCACGACUACGGUUGUUAUUGACACGCAGAGAACCUUUUAUGUGGAGGAACUAGCUUUUAGUGCUGCGUAUUAUGUUGGAGAGUAUAGCGAAACUAGUGGCUUCACGUUUGACUCCAUUAUCUCGCUAGACGUGGGCUAUGAUCAAAACGUUCAAUUCAUAUUGGAAGGAGAACACUCACAGUGGUUUGCCCUGGAAGUUCAAGGCAAUGCUGUCACGCUCACUAUGUCCGGUGCCAUUCCGUCGGCGAUCUUAGUGAACAACCAUCAUCUCGCAUUUAUUGUUACUGCACAGAAACCCAAUAGUAAUAUUGCAACGGCAACCAUAAUCAUUUCAUUAGUAGACGAUUACACUGAUGCAAUUGUUCUUGGCUUCGAGCGAGCACACUAUCUUGGUUCUAUUGAAAAUGAUGCAUUAACUAUGGAACCAAUUGUCCUUAGCGAGGGGUACACGGACGCCGUUACGUUUACGCUUUCUGGUGAUCUGGCCUCAUAUUUCAAUCUACAACAGCAAGGGUCCACAGUUAACAUCGUUCUACAGGGUGCCAUUCCAGAAGAGACAAUACCUGUGAACGGAAUUUUGUUACUUGAGUUGAGAGCGUCAGCACCACAAGCUAUAACCGCUACGACGACUGUAGUAAUAGAGGCCCAGAAAGCUGCCAAUCUCGAGCAACUUGCCUUUAGUGAAGCUUACUAUAUUGGAGAGUACAGUGAGAACAGCGGCCUCGCGUUUGACUCUAUCAUCGCGCUAGACGUAGGCUACGAUCAAAACGUGCAGUUCGCAUUGGAAGGCGAACAUUCACAGUGGUUUGCGCUGGAAGUUCAAGACAAUGCUGUCACGCUCACUAUGUCCGGUGCCAUUCCGCCGGCGAUCUUAGUCAACAACCAUCAGCUAGUAUUUAUUGUUACUGCACAGAAAUCCAGUAGCAAUAUUGCAACAGCAACCAUAAUCAUUUCAUUAAUAGACGAUUACACUGACGCAAUUAUUCUCGGUUUCGAACGAGCAAACUAUUUUGGUUCAAUUGAAAAUGAUGCAUUAACUAUAGAACCAAUUAUCCUUAACGAGGGGUAUACAGACGCCGUUACGUUUACGCUUUCUGGUGAUUUGGCCUCAUAUUUCAAUCUACAACAGCAAGAGUCCACAGUUAACAUCGUUCUACAGAGUGCCAUUCCAGAAGAGACGAUACCUGCCAACGGGAUAUUGUUACUUGAGUUAAGAGCGUCAGCACCACAAGCCAUAGCCGCCACGACAACUGUGGUAAUCGAGGCCCAGCAAGCAGCCGAUAUCGAAGAACUUGCCUUUAGUGCUGCUUACUAUAUUGGAGAGUACAGUGAGAGUAGCGGCCUUGCGUUUGACUCUAUCAUCGCGCUAGACGUAGGCUACGAUGAAAACGUACAGUUCGCAUUGGAAGGCGAACAUUCACAGUGGUUUGCGCUGGAAGUCCAAGACAAUACUGUCACGCUCACUACGUCCGGUGCCAUUCCGCCGGCGAUCUUAGUCAACAACCAUCAGCUAGUAUUUAUUGUUAAUGCACAGAAAGCCAGUGGCAAUAUUGCAACAGCAACCAUAAUCAUUUCAUUAAUAUACGAUUACACUGAGGCAAUUAUUCUUGGUUUCGAGCGAGCGAACUAUCUUGGUUCUAUUGAAAAUGAUGUAUUAACUAUAGAACCUAUUGUCCUUAUCGAGGGGUACACGGACGCCGUUACGUUUACGCUUUCUGGUGAUCUGGCAUCAUAUUUCAAUCUACAACACCAAGGGUUCACAGUUAACAUCGUUCUACAGAGUACCAUUCCAGAAGAGACGAUACCUACCAACGGGAUUUUAUUACUCGAGUUGAGAGCGUCAGCACCUCAAGCUAUAGCCGCCACGACAACUGUGGUAAUCGAAGCCCAGCCAACUGCCGAUGUCGAGGAACUUACCUUUAGUGCUACUUACUAUAUCGGAGAGUACAGUGAGACCAGCGGCCUCGCGUUUGACUCUAUUAUCGCACUAGAUGUAGGCUACGAUCAAAACGUCCAAUUCUCCUUGGAAGGAGAACACGCCCAAUGGUUCUCGUUAGAAGUUCAAGGCAACGCUGCCGCGCUUGUUAUGACUGGCGCCAUUCCACCUGCAAUUUUAGUCAACAAUCACCAACUCGUGUUUCGGGUUACUGCACAGAAACCCAACAGCAAUAUUGCUACAGCGACAAUUGUGGUUUCGCUAGUAGAUGAUUACACUGAUGCAACAAUACUCGGGUUCGAGCAAGCAAGCUAUUUUGGUUCCAUAGAAAAUAAUGUUUUAAUUAUAGAACAAAUUGUUCUUAACGAGGGGUACACGGAUGCUGUUACAUUUUCUCUAUCUGGUGAUUUGGCCUCGUACUUCAAUCUCCAGCAGCAAGAUGCCACAGUAAACAUUGUUCUACAAAGUACUAUCCCAGAACAAGCGUUACCCGCCAACGGCAUAAUAUUGCUGAAUUUGCGAGCAUCAGCGUUGCAAUCUGUACCCGGGACGACGACCAUAGUGAUUGAAGCCCAGCGGGCUGGAGUUUUAGAAGAACUGGCCUUCAGUGCUGCCUACUAUGUAGGAGAGUACAGUGCAACCAGCGGCCUCGUGUUCGGUGCAACCAUUUCACUAGACGUUGGCUAUGACCAAAAUGUCCAAUUUGCUCUGGAGGGAGAUCACGCACAAUGGUUUGCUCUGCAAGUUCAAAGCAAUGCUGUCACGCUCACUUUGUCUACCGCCAUUCCACCCGCGGUUUUAGUCAACAACCAUCAAUUGGUAUUUAGUGUUAUUGCACAAAAACCUAACAGCAUCAUCGCGACAUCAACCAUAGUGAUAUCGUUAAUUGAUGACUACACGGAUGCAACAAUUCUUGGUUUCGAACGAGCAAGCUAUCUUGGUUCUAUUGAAAAUAGUACGUUAAUUAUUGAACCAAUUAAUCUAAGCGAGGGGUAUUCAUAUGCUGUCACAUUUGCUCUAUCUGGUGAUUUGGCCUCAUACUUUAAUCUCCAGCAGCAAGGUGCCAUAGUCAACAUCGUUUUGCAGAGCACUAUCCCAGAACAGGCAUUACCUGCCAACGGCAUAUUGUUAUUGGAGUUACAAGCAUCAGCGACCCAAUCUGUAUCUGCUACGACGAUUAUAGUAAUCGAGGUUCAACGGGCUGCUGUUGUAGAAGAAUUGGCCUUCAGUGCUGCCUACUACACCGGAGAGUACAGCGAAACCAGCGGCCUCACAUUCGAAAAUGCCAUCUCGCUGGACGCUGGCUACGGCCAAGAUGUUUCGUUUACCUUGGAGGGUGAUAAUGCCCAAUGGUUUGGGUUAUCUGUAAAUGGAAAUUCGAUAACACUAGUUGUGGUGGAACCAAUUCCUUCUGCAAUAUUAAUCGAUCUUCGAAAGAUCAUUAUGAUUGUGACGGCAGCAAAAUCAGAGACCACUGCGAGCACAAUUAUCAUCAUAUCCAUAAUUGACGAUUCGGGAUCCCUGAUAAAUGAGGCAUUUGAUAAAGUCCUGUACGAGGGAACCAUCAAUAACAACGUGGUUCAACAUGAACCGAUUACUAUCACAGGACACGCUUCUGGAAUCGAUAUCGAAAUACUUGGAGUGUACAGGGAGCUUUUCUCAGCCUCUGUAUCGGGAGAUACGGUAUUAAUCGGAGCGGCUGGCACUCUGAAUCUGCCUGAGGGAGUCUCACACGUCGCGCUCGAAUUCCGAGCGGGCAGCGCAAGCGCAGUUGUCAUUUUCAACGUUAUACAAUCAGAAACUCCAGAGCUACCAACGGUAGCGUUCGAGUCCCCAUCAUAUGUGCUGCGCGCGGACAUGGCGCAGACCGGACUACUAGGACUGGUCCAAGCAACAGCGAGCAACGGCGAGAGUAUAACGUACUCCCUAGCUGUCGAUGAUGCUCAUCUCCGAGAGCGGGUUUUGAUUAACAGUGUUGGAGAAAUACAUUUAUCUGCACCAACAAAUACUGGCGUGUAUAGCUUCCAAGCGAUAGCUACAUCAUCUAUCACCCAAGUCCAAGCUACAACGGCGGUACAACUAACAGUAGAAGCUGCCGCAAUCUGUGGAGACGAAAACGCGCUCCCGCCACUCAUAAUCUUGGAUAGAGACGAAGAGGAACCACACACUAACCUCGUCGUCCUCGACAGCGAAGCUCAAGCAGAUUGCCAGUUCAGGCUGACCAAUCGCUGGCCCCUCGACCAAGAUUGGCUCUACAUUGACAAUACUGGUUUACAUGCAAAAGCAAUCGAUCGAGAAGACCCGCGAAUAGCUUUCAUGGCAUUGUCGCAAGUUCAGGUGGAACUGGUAUUGGAAUGCGCUAGUGACACACAGAGUCGAGCUAAGCGGUCUACAUUAAACCCCAGACUAGACUGGCUCGGACCCUACGAAUACGGAAGCAACAGAUGGAUACUUACUGACACAAUCUUAUAUAACUCACGAAGAAGCUUCGUCAACUUGAUAGUUAACGAUAUUAACGACAACUACCCCAUAUUUGUCGGCAAUGAAAACGAGCCCAUUAUAUGUGGGUAUCCUAUUCCGGAACUUGAAGAUAUUGUGCUCCCUCGAGCUUUAGCAGAAUUAAAGGCCACUGACGCUGACGUGGGUGAGAAUGCGGCGUUGUCGUUCUGGAGUGCGUCGGAAGUUUUGGCGGUUGCGUCAAAUACGGGCUUCGUCCACGUCAGGGAUGGAGCCAGCCUGUCGCAAGACCAGCGCCUCAUUGUGUCAGUCACUGAUCUUAACGGGAGGGAAGAUGGUCUAACUACAUCUAUAGAACUUCUGGUAAAACUAUUAGAUACGAGUCAUAUCGCUGUGGUCACUGUCCGCAACGCAUUUUUAGACCAAGAGGAAACUAUUUUGGAAAAUCUGAGUUCAGCUGUGGGGUACGAGGUCAAAGUCCUCAGCUCCGCGGUCAUAUCCGAUGACCCAAGCGAUUCUGCGAAUACAAGACGCAAACGAGAAGUAACCACCGAAGGAGCGUCAUUGCAGCUUUAUGUAUACGGCUUAAUUGAUCGCGAACCGGUGGCCGUUGAUCGGCUUACAAAUGACAUAACAGACAAUAUAAUAACCGGGGUUGAUGUCACGAGCACAGUAUCUCUGGAAGAUUAUCUAGAAGGCCGCGAGAUAUACGGCGGAGGACGUGAUACAGGUCUAUUAGUCGCAACAAUAGUCUUGAGCAUCCUGCUCUUCAUACUAAUGCUGCUUAUUGCCUUAUGGUUCUUCCUCAGAUGGAGAAAAUCACGAAAUUAUGAACAGUUCAGUGACGCUAAUAGUUUAGCCUCUCGCGAUGAACCGUUGGAAUCACCCCAAAAGAUUGACAGUUUGAGAAAACCAAGACUCAAUAUAGAUGAGUUGAAAAGAAGUGAAAGGAGGCUUCAAGAAAUGCUUGACGCUCCGGUUGAAGAAGUUAAACCGAAAGCCCAAACCUCGCAAGUAGAUCCCAAAGAUUCAGUCGACACAGUAAUAAAUAUGGCAUCGACACGUGCCACCGACGUUACACUGCCCAUAGUAAUACAAUCCAUAGACAAGCUUAAAGACGACGAGCAUUCAGGAGAGGAAGAUGAAUUUGGCGAAAGGAAAAACAAGAGCCGGAGAAAAUCAGUAGUUACCUUUAACGAGAAUGUGGAAAAAAUUAUUCACGUAGAAGACAUUCCGGAUGAUAAUUCAUCGGACUUAGAAAUAUACAAGUUUUGAGCUGCUAUUAAAUACAAAAAUACAUGUAAAUAAUGUUACUAAACUCUUUUUAUGUUUUAAUAAUAUAAUUUAAACGUUUAAUCUGUUUCCUUAAAUAAAUUCAUUAGUAUGCACAUCCUUUUGUUAAAAUCCAGAAGCGUGAGUAAGCUCGAGCCAACGACCUCUCAACGACUAACAGAUGUUAUCACUUUUAUUAAAUCUCAAUAAACACUGUAAUUUUUAUUAAA